AUGCCCACCACAACCGAAUACUUGGGCUACACCAUCACCAACCUCGGUCCCUUGACCACAACCUACACCGCCCCGGCAGAAUGCGCUACGGCCACGGAUAACAUCCAGUUCGUACAGGCAGAUGUGCCAUGGAUUCCUGGGGCUUGGGGUUACCCCUCAUGCGUUCCUGGCGAUUAUGGAAAAUGUAUUCCCUCUGGCGACGCCUAUGACAAGCUGGCCAAGGAGCACGCCAACACCUGGCAGCAAGAGUUCUUUCCUUACUACUCUCCGGGUCUUGUCUGUCCCAAAGGAUGGACCACUGCUGGCGAAUAUGCUAAGAGCAAAGGCACUCCAACAAAGGGGAUGCUUACCGCACAACCCGAUUGGAACAUCACGGAGCCGCAGCAACUAGCUCUCACUUCGAUCUGGACCUCGGUGCUAGAGGACUCAGAGACCCUGGUAUAUUGUUGCCCGAGCGGUUAUACUGGUGACAACUUUCUGAACUGCCAUUCUGUCAUGGGACCCAUUACCAAGUUCGGCUAUACUGAGGGCUGCAUUCACACCUGGUCCGGCAAAUACUAUACGGAUGUUACAGCAACCUUUGACGGCGCCGAGUCGCCGUACCUCUCAAAGAUAAAGAUCACGGCACAGCCCGGGACAGCAUACUGGACCAAGACAGCUCUGACAGUCGAAGAGGAGAACAUAGCGGUUGCCACAAAAGUACCUGCCGUGGCGCUGGUGUACCAGAGUUCAGACCUGGAGAAGGCAAAAGCGACUAGUGAAAGCGAGAAGAAUGCUGCUGCGGCUCCUCUAUCGGUGAGAGGCAUGGUACCGGUGGUGACAGUGGUAGUGAGCAUGCUUGCUGGGGUCGGACUACUAGCGCCCUGGUGA